GAUGUGCUUUCGUUUUCAACACAUCUAAGUCCCCUGCUUCAAAAACUGAAAUUCACAUACGUUUAUUGGUAAAUGUUUCUCUGGUCAGACAGCUUAUUUAACUUUACAUUGAGAGGGAGUUUUAUUCUCGCGUUCGUUCUUGUAGAUUGAGAUCACCUGAACGUAAACCGCACUGUACAAUAAAAGAUUCUCAUGAUCGCAUGACAAUGACGUAAUCGGGAAUACGGACUGUUUUGUCGGUAAUAAGUGACCUGGAAACGAUUUGAAAGAGACUGCGGCUACAGAAAAAUGUUAGCGUUUCUCUGCUGCUGUUGCUCAUCUCGUGAAAACUCUCUAAACGAGAGGCAGCCUCUCCUGCAGCCGGUCCCUACUGACCCAAAUGCUGGUGGAAUUGAGUCUGCCAGGAGGACGCGAGUCGCACAGGCUGAUCCAGCUCGCUCUGACAAGCUGCUGAUGAGGCGGGUUUGCGUGCCAGAGUUGGACCAGAGGUUUUCUGAUGUGUCCGACACCUUUAAUGAACAGCAAAGACGCUACCGGUCAAUGGUUCAGCACAUCACCAACCUGUGCGAGAGGUUUGGUUGUGAUAAAGAUCGCGUGGAGUUAUCUGAAUGUGUGGAGACCAUCAGACUUGAGCACCAGAACAAGCAUGUGGUCUCUGUCAAGAUGAAGGGCUACGACUUCUUCCUCUCCGUUGCACCUGUGGAGCAAGAGGCGGACAAUGAAAUCCCUCCAAAUCUACAAUUAGCUGAGGAGGAACUGAGGAACACAUCGGAAAACGCCAAAGCCACCAUCUCAAAGGGCACUGUGCUUCAGGAGCUGAUCAGCUGGCUCCUCCGAAGCAAGGAUCAGAUGUCGAAACAAGUCAAGGAGAUCGCAGUAUCAUACCAGGAGCAGCGGCGUCUGCUGGAGAACCUGGAGGAGAAUAUGAAGGAAGUGAGACGAGCCAAGGAGAUGUCCCUGAAAUACAGACAAAAAGCUGGCGAGGUCUUAACUGAGGCCGCACAGCUAUCAGGGUCCUACCAGUAAUUGAAAAGAUCAUACGCAAUCCAUGUGUGAUGUAAAGCGAAUACUGUAUCACUUUCACUGAAGAGGCCUUUCGUAUUUACAGCUGCCAAGUGAACUGAGGGAGAGGACUUGAAUCAAAACCAAGUAAAAGUACACUAUACAGGGCAAUCCCAGCUUUUUGCAGUUUUGAAUGCCCAAACGUGAAGAAAUGGAAAUAUAACUCAUGCACGUAGUACAUAAUUUUGUCCAAAUAAACAUGAAAUAUAUGAUUUAAAAAUAACAGAAUAAACCUAUGUAUGUUUUGAAGCAACCCACAGCCAUUCGUUGCUUACGUUAUCUGAUCCACCAUUGAAUUUAUUAAAGGUCGGUGGAAUAACAAUAAGCAUAUUGACUUAGGUGUA